AUGGUGCAAUACUGUUUCCAGUCUGGCAACAUCUCUUGUCUUAAGGAAACCCGACCAACUGAACUUUAUGUGAUUCUUUACAUCUUCUCGUUGGCUGUGGAAAUGCUCACUGUUUGUGGAAAUCUUGUGGUGAUUAUUUCUAUAUCUCAUUUUAAACAGCUUCAUACACCGACAAACCUCCUUGUGCUCUCACUGGCUGUAGCAGACUUUCUGGUUGGAGUCAUUGUGAUGCCAUUCACAAUUAUACGCUCUAUAGAAUCAUGUUGGUAUUUUGGAAGCAUGUUCUGCUCUGUUUACACCUUGUUUCUCCUUUUGCUAACAUCUGUAUCUAUUAGCAAUUUGGUGGUUAUUGCUGUUGAUCGUUAUUUUGCAAUCUGUGACCCAUUUUUUUACUCUAAUAAAAUUACAGUUCAAAUCACAUUGCUUUUUAUUUCACUUAGUUGGGUAAUAUCUCUCUUUUAUACUUUAGCAAUAAUUUACUUCAAGGGAUACAUUGAUGAUCCCACAGAACUGAACAUAUGCCCUGGUGAUUGUGUUUUUGUAUUCAAUUCCAAAUGGGGAACAAUCGAUAUGUUUGUAACAUUUAUUUUCCCUUUUUCCAUGAUGAUAUUAUUUUAUACAAACAUUUUUAUUGUUGCAAAAAGGCAUGCAAGAGUAAUUAAUUCAAUGACACAGCAAAGAGGAUCAACAGAAAGAAAGGAAAACAACAUUCCAAAGAAAUCUGAAAGAAAGGCUGCUAAGACUCUUGGUAUUGUGGUGGCUGUUUUUAUUAUGUGCUGGGUGCCUUAUUACAUUUCUACUCUUCUUGUACCUUAUAUGAAUAUAGAUAAUCCUUCAGCAAUACUACAAGCUUUUGCCUGGAUUGCAUAUUGUAAUUCCAGCAUGAAUCCAGUUAUUUAUGCCCUGUUUUAUCCCUGGUUUAAAAAGUCACUAAAGCUCAUAGUGACACUAAAGAUAUUCAAUCAAGGGUCUUCCUUGAUAAAUCUUUUUUCUUGUACUCAUUGA